AUGAAACUUAUAGUAUGUAACGAACUUCAAAGUAUAGAUACAACAAAGGUUUUAAACUCAGAUGCUUUGAAGAGUCUUAUAACAGACAAAGUUGGAGUUGUUGAAAGAAAAUAUAAAGACCAAAGAGUUUGUGAAAAUGUUGCAAACUUCGUCAUGGUUUCAAACAAUGUUGUUCCGAUGAAGUUAGAAAGUUCUGACAGAAGAUAUGUAGUUGUCAGAACGUCAGAUUCUCAUAUGCAAGAUACAGAAUAUUUUGACGACUUAGCAGAAACUUUGACACCUAACUUUUACAACCACUUGUUCUCAUAUUUCAUGACAUUAGAUAUUUCUAAGUUCAAUCCAAGACAAAUUCCAUAUACCGAAGAGAGACAAACAUUGUUAGAAGCAAACAAGAGUGUAUAUGAACUGUUUAUAGAUGAGACUAACUUUGAGUGUUUAGAUGAAAGGUCUUUGUACGACUCGUAUAAACAAUAUUGUCAAGAGUAUGGUUAUAUGACAGCAUCUAAACGAACAUUCUUGGCAAAUGUCAAAAAUCUUUUAGACAUACAGAACGGCGUAUAUACAAAGAAAAAUUUUUCUGAGUAA